CCCACAAGGACGCGCCUUGGGCUUGGUCUUGGGGGAACUACCCGCACUGUGGGGUCACAUGACAGAAUUAGUGGUCAGCCCUAGCUGGAGGUCCAGGGCAAACACAGGCGGGGGCAGGGGGGUUGUGGCCCUGCUGAUUCGAGUAUCCCCUGUGGGUCCCGGACCUUCUGAGACACAAGCGCCAGGCUUCAGAGACGAAGCUCCGGGGUUUACCCCGGGGACCCCCUGCUCCCAUAGGCGCUGAGGGCCGGCAGUUUGGCUGCAUCGUAAGCUGGCGCUUUAGCUGCAGAGGGACGAGCUCUCGACCAGCCCGCCAGCGGGAUGGCCUCAAGUCGUCCCAUCCGGGCUGCAGGCUCCGCAAAGCUCCCUGAUACACUGUCAGGCGGGGAGGUCCGGCCGCUCCCCUUCCCCCACAGCCGCAUCUAGAUUGGGGUAGGGUGGACAUUUUAACGUGCUUCUGAGACAGUCACCACCGAAAGGCACCUUUAGCGAUUAGGAAACCCGCGUGGAGUUCAACCCCCCGGCCUCUGCGGAGCAGAAGGCCCGGCCGGGCCUUUCCCUACGCGGGGCGGGCGGCCGCAGCCCCGUAGCCCGGGCUUUGCUCCAGACCCGUCCCAGAGUGACAUCACCAAACUCCGCCGAUCGGUGGGAGGGGGCCCUGAAAUCCCCUAAAAACAAAGUGAGUAAUCGGCGGACCCGCCCUCCAGGCGGGGCCGGGACCCGGGAGCUAGCCGAGCCACCGGGCACACCAGCCUCUUCGUCCCCGGCGACGCGCGCACUUGGCCCCGGCCCCCGGCAGCGGCUGUGCGCGCGGCCUCUUCGUCCUCCGCGCGGCGCGCACUUGCUCCCGGCCCCUUCGCCGGGCAGCGGCGGGGCAACGCGCAGGCGCGGCCGGAUUCCGGGCAGUGACGCGACGGCGGGCGCGCGCGGCGCAUUUCCGCCUCUGGCGAAUGGCUCGGCUGUAGUGCACGCCGCGGGCCCAGCUGCGACCCCGGCCCCGCCCCCGGGACCCCGGCCAUGGACGAACUGUUCCCUCUCAUCUUCCCGGCAGAGCCAGCCCAGGCCUCUGGCCCCUAUGUGGAGAUCAUUGAGCAGCCCAAGCAGCGGGGCAUGCGCUUCCGCUACAAGUGCGAGGGGCGCUCCGCGGGCAGCAUCCCAGGCGAGAGGAGCACAGAUACCACCAAGACCCACCCCACCAUCAAGAUCAAUGGCUACACAGGACCAGGGACAGUACGCAUCUCCCUAGUCACCAAGGACCCUCCUCACCGGCCUCACCCCCACGAGCUUGUAGGAAAGGACUGCCGGGAUGGCUUCUAUGAGGCUGAGCUCUGCCCGGACCGCUGCAUCCACAGUUUCCAGAACCUGGGAAUCCAGUGUGUGAAGAAGCGGGACCUGGAGCAGGCUAUCACUCAGCGCAUCCAGACGAACAACAAUCCCUUCCAAGUUCCUAUCGAAGAACAGCGUGGGGACUACGACCUGAAUGCUGUGCGGCUCUGCUUCCAGGUGACAGUGCGGGAUCCAUCAGGCAGGCCCCUCCGCCUGCCGCCUGUCCUUUCUCAUCCCAUCUUUGACAACCGUGCCCCCAACACUGCCGAACUCAAGAUCUGCCGAGUGAACCGAAACUCUGGCAGCUGCCUCGGUGGGGAUGAGAUCUUCCUACUGUGUGACAAGGUGCAGAAAGAGGACAUUGAGGUGUAUUUCACGGGACCAGGCUGGGAGGCCCGAGGCUCCUUUUCGCAAGCUGAUGUGCACCGACAAGUGGCCAUUGUGUUCCGGACCCCUCCCUACGCAGACCCCAGCCUGCAGGCUCCCGUGCGUGUCUCCAUGCAGCUGCGGCGGCCUUCCGACCGGGAGCUCAGUGAGCCCAUGGAAUUCCAGUACCUGCCAGAUACAGACGAUCGUCACCGGAUUGAGGAGAAACGCAAAAGGACAUAUGAGACCUUCAAGAGCAUCAUGAAGAAGAGUCCUUUCAGCGGACCCACUGACCCCCGGCCUCCACCUCGGCGCAUUGCUGUGCCUUCCCGCAGCUCAGCUUCUGUUCCCAAGCCAGCACCCCAGCCCUAUCCCUUUACGUCAUCCCUGAGCACCAUCAACUAUGAUGAGUUUCCCACCAUGGUGUUUCCUUCUGGGCAGAUAAGCCAGGCCUCAGCCUUGGCCUCGGCCCCUCCCCAAGUCCUGCCCCAGGCUCCAGCCCCUGCCCCUGCUCCAGCCAUGGUAUCAGCUCUGGCCCAGGCCCCAGCCCCUGUCCCAGUCCUAGCCCCAGGCCCUCCUCAGGCUAUGGUCCCACCUGCCCCCAAGCCCACCCAGGCUGGGGAAGGAACGCUGUCAGAGGCCCUGCUGCAGCUGCAGUUUGAUGAUGAAGACCUGGGGGCCUUGCUUGGCAACAGCACAGACCCAACCGUGUUCACAGACCUGGCAUCAGUCGACAACUCCGAGUUUCAGCAGCUGCUGAACCAGGGCGUACCUGUGGCCCCCCACACAACUGAGCCCAUGUUGAUGGAGUACCCUGAGGCUAUAACUCGCCUAGUGACAGGGGCCCAGAGGCCCCCUGACCCAGCUCCUGCUCCACUGGGGGCCCCGGGGCUCCCCAACGGCCUCCUUUCAGGAGAUGAAGACUUCUCCUCCAUUGUGGACAUGGACUUCUCAGCCCUGCUGAGUCAGAUCAGCUCCUAAGGGGUGAUGCCUACCCUCCCCAGAGCACUGGGUUGCAGGGGAUUGAAGCCCUCCCAAAGCACUUACGGAUUCUGGUGGGGUGUGUUCCAGCUGCCCCCAACUUUGGAGAUGUCUUCCUUGGAGGGGGAAGGCAUAUUUUAUUCUUUUAUUGGCAAUAUCUGUCUCUCUCUCUCUGGAGGUGCUUAAGCAGAAGCAUUAACUUCUCUGGAAAGGGGGAAGCUGGGGAAACUCAAACUCUUCCCCUAUCCUGAUGGUCAGCUCCCUUCUCUGUAGGGAACUCGGGUCCCCCAUCCCCAUCCUGCAGCUUCUAGUACUCUCCUAGAGAGAGGAGCAGGCUAGAGGUAAGGCCUUUGAGCCCACACAGCCUUAUUAUCAAGUGUCUUCCAUCAUGGAUUCAGUACACCUUAACGCCCCAGGUACCAGCCCCUCUAUGGCACUGGCAUUGUCCCUGUGCCUAACACCAGCGUUUGAGGGGCUGGCCUUCGUGCCCUACAGAGGUCUCUGCCAGCUCUUUCCUUGCUCAACUGUGGCUGAAGGAAACCAGUGGAACAGCGCUGGCGCUCUCAAGGAUCCCGAGGGGGUUUGGUCUGGGACUUCCCUGCUCUCCCUCUUCUCAAGUGCCUUAAUUGAGGGCAAGUUGUUAGGAGUCGGGGAGAGCAGGCUGGCAGCUCUCCAGUCAGGAGGCAUAGUUUUCACCGAAGAAUCAAAGCACUUGGACUCUUGCUCUUUCUACUCUGAAUUAAUAAAUCUGUUGCCAAGCUGG